CGCUCGUGAUUAGCUAGCUGGUCUGCCUGCCUCUCGCAGGAGCGGCUGGCAUUUCUCCCCCCUCUCCCCCCUCCCGCCAGCCUCGAGGUUCCUGAGCUGGCCCAGGCCGAGUCAGUGUCAGUCAGGGAGGCGGAUUGCUGAGCAGUGGGUGCGAACACUGCGUUGCAGUCUCGCCCAGGGGCCGGUGCCUGCGCUCGCGCCGCCGGGUGGGAAGGAUGAAGCUGCAGCUGGAGCAGCCACCUUAUGAUUGGCUGGGGCACUUGUGAACCCGAAGUAAAGAUGGCGGGCGGGCAGGCAGCCGCCGCACUGCCCACUUGGAAGAUGGCGGCGCGCCGCAGCCUCAGCUCUCGCGGCCGGGGGGUCCUGCAGGCGGCGGCUGGACGGCUGUUGCCGCUGCUUCUGCUGAGCUGCUGCUGCGGCGCGGGCGGCUGCGCAGCGGCGGGCGAGAACGAGGAGACUGUGAUCAUCGGGUUGCGGCUGGAGGACACGAACGACGUGUCGUUCAUGGAAGGGGGGGCGCUGCGGGUGAGCGAGCGGACCCGGGUCAAGCUGCGGGUGUACGGGCAGAACAUCAACAACGAGACAUGGUCCCGCAUUGCUUUCACAGAGCAUGAGCGGCGGCGCCACAGCCCGGGUGAGCGCGGGCUGGGGGGCCCUGCGCCGCCGGAGCCGGACAGCGGCCCCCAGCGCUGCGGCAUCCGCACAUCAGAUAUCAUCAUCUUGCCCCAUAUCAUUCUCAAUCGCCGUACAUCAGGCAUCAUUGAGAUCGAGAUCAAACCGCUGCGCAAGAUGGAGAAGAGUAAGUCCUAUUACCUGUGCACGUCGCUCUCCACGCCAGCCAUGGGCGCCGGCGGCCCGGGGUCUGCGGGUGGCGCCGUCGGGGGCAAGGGCGGCUCUGGGGUGGCCGGGCUCCCGCCGCCCCCGUGGGCCGAGACCACCUGGAUUUAUCACGACGGCGAGGACACCAAGAUGAUCGUGGGGGAGGAGAAGAAGUUCCUGCUGCCUUUCUGGCUGCAGGUGAUCUUCAUUUCGCUGCUUCUGUGCCUAUCGGGCAUGUUCAGCGGCCUCAACCUGGGACUCAUGGCCCUGGACCCGAUGGAGCUGCGCAUCGUGCAGAACUGCGGCACGGAGAAGGAGAAGAAUUACGCCAAGCGCAUCGAGCCCGUGCGCAGGCAGGGCAACUACCUGCUGUGCUCGCUGCUGCUGGGCAACGUGCUGGUCAACACCACGCUCACCAUCCUGCUCGACGACAUAGCUGGCUCAGGCCUCGUGGCGGUGGUGGUCUCCACCAUCGGCAUCGUCAUCUUCGGGGAGAUCGUGCCCCAGGCCAUCUGCUCCCGGCACGGCCUGGCUGUGGGGGCCAACACCAUCUUCCUCACCAAGUUUUUCAUGAUGAUGACCUUCCCCGCCUCUUACCCCGUAAGCAAGCUGCUGGACUGCGUCCUGGGCCAGGAGAUAGGCACCGUCUAUAACCGGGAAAAACUGCUGGAGAUGCUCCGGGUCACAGACCCCUACAACGACCUCGUAAAGGAGGAGCUGAACAUCAUCCAAGGGGCGCUGGAGCUCCGCACGAAGACCGUGGAGGACGUGAUGACUCCCCUCCGGGACUGUUUCAUGAUCACCGGCGAAGCCAUUCUGGACUUCAACACCAUGUCGGAGAUCAUGGAGAGCGGCUACACUCGGAUUCCAGUAUUUGAGGGGGAGCGCUCCAACAUCGUGGACCUCCUCUUUGUCAAAGACUUGGCCUUCGUGGAUCCAGAUGACUGUACUCCCCUGAAAACCAUCACUAAAUUUUAUAACCACCCCUUGCACUUUGUUUUCAAUGACACCAAGUUGGACGCUAUGCUGGAAGAAUUUAAGAAAGGUAAAUCUCACCUGGCUAUUGUGCAGCGAGUAAACAAUGAGGGAGAGGGGGAUCCCUUUUAUGAAGUUCUGGGAAUUGUCACAUUAGAGGAUGUGAUUGAAGAAAUCAUCAAAUCUGAGAUUCUAGAUGAAACAGAUUUAUACACUGAUAACAGAACGAAAAAGAAAGUGGCCCAUCGAGAAAGAAAGCAAGAUUUUUCUGCCUUUAAGCAGACAGACAGCGAGAUGAAGGUUAAAAUAUCACCACAGCUUCUCCUGGCCAUGCACCGUUUCCUAGCAACAGAAGUAGAAGCAUUUAGCCCAUCCCAGAUGUCAGAGAAGAUCCUUCUAAGGCUGCUAAAGCACCCCAAUGUCAUCCAGGAGCUGAAGUAUGAUGAGAAGAACAAGAAAGCCCCAGAAUACUACCUCUACCAGCGAAACAAACCCGUAGACUACUUCGUUCUCAUUUUGCAGGGGAAAGUGGAAGUAGAAGCUGGGAAAGAAGGUAUGAAGUUUGAAGCCAGUGCUUUUUCAUACUAUGGUGUAAUGGCCCUUACAGCCUCCCCAGGUGAAAACAAGUCACCUCCUCGCCCAUGCGGCUUGAAUCACUCGGACUCUCUCAGUCGCAGUGACCGGAUCGAUGCGAUAACGCCGACGUUGGGGAGCAGCAACAAUCAGCUCAGCUCUUCAUUCCUCCAAGUCUACAUCCCGGACUACUCGGUGCGAGCCCUCUCCGAUCUCCAGUUUGUUAAGAUCUCAAGACAGCAAUACCAAAAUGCCUUGAUGGCGUCCCGGAUGGACAAAACUCCUCAGUCUUCAGACAGUGAAAACACUAAAAUUGAAUUGACUCUUACGGAGCUGCACGACGGGCUGCCAGACGAGACGGCCAACCUGCUCAAUGAACAGAACUGUGUGACGCACAGCAAGGCCAACCACAGCCUGCACAGCGAGGGCGCCAUCUAGAGCACCGGCCUCGGCCUCCGCGCCUGACCGUGAAUCCCAUUAGCGUGCGCUUGUGUGCCAUGCUGCAUCCUGCACCGUCCUGAGACCAAAGACUUUGUCCCCUUCCUGGAAGCAGCAGAGGAGGCCGGGGAGGGCAGGAAUGGAAACUGGAGACGCGAAAUCGACAGCCAGGGCGUGGCAUUCGAGAUUAUGGAGAUGAAUUUCUUCCGCCCAAAUAGAAUCAUGUUUAUUUUUUCAGCUGUACCUUUUAUCAUUAUCCACUCUCCUCCUCCCUCGAUUUGCAUGAAGUUGAAAAUUGUUGCGAUUUAUUUUUUUCCGAGAGAUCAUGUUUUUAAAAAGUGUCUUUUGCAGAGUUUUAAAUUGUUCUGUCUGAACUCUGCUGUGACCCCAUGAUGUAACCAUAGAAGGAUGGACUUGUCCCUCCAGUGGCCUUCCUUGGCCCCCGCCCCAGGGAGGGGCACCCUUCCUCUGUGCCCCAGCGGGUGUCGCUGUCGAACUUCAAGGAUGAAUGACACAGACCUGCCCAGGCUGUUGGCCCUGAAGGGUGGAGCCUGCACAGGGACCUGCAGCCUCUCUGAGCUCAGUGUUGUUUUAUGUUGAUGUUUAACGGUGUCCCUUUCCCUCAGAAAGGUUUAACGUUUGCUUGGAAUGUGAUUUUGCUCCCACUCUAAGGAAUUUUUAUCACCAAAAUGAAUGUUAAUGGAUUUUAAACCUAUGGUUUAUCUUUGCAAGAGGUGAGGUGGCUUCACCCCAACAUUCCCACAGCCUGGGGCCUCCAGCUCAGCCAGGCCUCUUCCGCCCCAGCUUACAGAGCGCCGUCACCCACCGCCCCGUCCUUGCUCUUGUUAACCCACGAUGCUGCUACACAGAUGCCAAAUGGAAAUCUUCCACAGGGCCCUCGAGUAAACUCGUGGUGUGGAGUCCACGCUCCUGCCCUUCCCACUGGGAUGUAUGUCAUUGUCAGAAAAGGAGUCGGACCUUCCAGCUGUGCUCUGUGCACCCUGCUGAGAAGGCACGUCUAGGCCCAUGUGUCUAAAGGAGGGAACACUGGGGACUGCCGGCACCUGCCCCCUUCCCCUGUCCCUGGGCCCGCGGGGCCCAGCAGUGGCUGUGUCCCCGCCUGAGGACCUCUGUGUCUCCCGCCUCAGACGUGGUCCACGCCAGAGAGGCUGCCCAUACAGCCAGGGUCAGUUUGGCCCCAAACAGGGAUUCAGAAACCAAAUGUGUGUUGUGGCCAUUUCAUGUGUGUCUCUGUCUUAUUUUACUAUCAAAUUCAUCACGUGUAGUGAAAUUAAUGUCAGGAGGUAUUUCUUGAGUGACUGAAUUCCUAACUCUUCUAUCUGUGUUUUAAGUGUUAACCCAAGGGAUAUGUGCAUUUUGUCGGCAACAUUCGUACACUGAAAUGACUUCCUACUGACCACAGUUUUCACAUAGACCUGUCAGUCCUCGCUGCGUCCAGUCACUAGGUGAGAAGAUAGCAUCUUCUCCACUGGGUCUCACUGCACGAAGGGAAGCCCUGGGGCUAAGCGGCAGUUUCUUCUCCUUCCUCCAGGUAGGACUGUGCACCCCAGGCUGCGCGCUGGCUGGCGGGUGGGAGCUGCGGUUGGGAAAGAACCAGCAACACGCUGGGCUUGCCUCCCGGUGAGCAGCUCGGUGGCUCCAGUGUCAUGUGUGUACCUGGCGCAGUGUUUCCCCUGGGAUGUUGGUCCUGGAGCAUCUUCCUCAGAAGGUGCCGUGCCCCUUAGUGAGGGAAGUACUGGUCUCACCUGGUAGAAGUCACCAGGUGCCCCCUCAAGGGGCUGAGUGGCCUGCUGCGGGCACCCAAAUCAGAGCACCGUGGGAUGGUGCUCCCACCGCAGAGCUUGACGUUAGUGGGACCCUGUACUGUAUUUGCUUUUAUAAACAAGCCCAUCCAAGUGUAAAGGUCUCUCUUAAGAUGCGUCUAGCUGAGCACAGCGUCAGUAUGACAUGACACGGGAACUGGGAUUAUCUGUAGGGGGUGCAGAAAUGAGAGAGAGUUCCCUGUAACAGAGUGAAACCCGGGCCUUGCUAGGGGAGGAGGCUUCUGCCCCAGCCAGCACGCCACGCUCUGGGCCGGGACAGCAGUGCCAUCCCUGUGGUCUGGCGCAGCCGGGCUGCCAAGCCGUGGUUCCUCUGGCCUCCUGGAUCUUCUCCUGUCAGCUUCCCCUGGCCUAUCUGCUUUGAUCUGCCUCUCCACACGCAGUCCGUCUCCGGGCGCCUUGCUACUGGAAGGAGCCUCUGGAAUCACAGUUACUGUGCUGGAUCUUUUUUGGAGCCCCACUGCUGCUCUGUGAAUCCUAAAGCCCUUUUGAGAGGAUUCCAGCUGCUGGCUCCUUGACUUCAGGGAGAAAUGGUUAACGUUUCCAUACUGUCUUACCUGCUCAGUGUGUGGCUUUUUGAAAAGUCCUCUCUAUAAAGGAGCUGGCACAGGGGGGCUUUGCAGUAGGGCUCCUGGAGGACGAAAUUUGAGCCUCCCAAGUUCAUAUUUAUUUUCUAUAAACUACUCUUUACCUUUGAUUUUUCACACUGUUUUAUAACAACAGGGAGUCCCAAAUAAGUCCUGUCUGGUCCCUGAAGGAAUGAAGGCUAACAUUUGGCUACAGUUAUAUCUGCUUUGGGCAAGGCCCAAGACCCUUCAGAUGGUAACACUCAGUAUCUGAGCGACAGAUUCCUCUUUCAGGCCCCCCACUUUCCUUCUGGAAACUAACUUCAGGCUGUUGAAGGAGAAAUGCUGGCUCAUGGCUUCUGUGGGGCAGCAGGAGAAUGAUUUGGGUAAGGUCUAUGCGGUUCAUGUCUACAAAGUAAAUGAGAGCAAGGCAGAGAAAGACCAUCAAAUAGUUGAGAUCUUGAUGUGCAGCGGCCCGUCCUCGGCACUACUGGUGGGUCGUCCUCUCCUAGGGCUGCUGGCUUCGUAAGCGUGGGGAGCGGGCUGUGGAGCAGACACAGGGCCCGGGGUCCUGAAUUCUGUGGGAGCUCCGUUGUCAGGCCAGGGCCUCGCACUCCUUUUCGGUGGCCCCUGCUGCAAGCCCUGGCUCUGAGGGACCAGACAGGGCCUCCCCCUCUCCUAAGCAGCCACUCUGGCAUCCCGAAGCUUCCUCCUGGAACUGGAUUCCUAGUAUCCAAGUGUUCCUGGGACAAUCUGCUUUCUCUUCAUAAAUGAGGGAGACUUUCUUCCUACUGCUUUAGAGUUUCCCUCCCUUUAAUUCUCUGUUUCACGUGCAUCAGGCAAGUUCUAAAAUCAUAUGUUUAAACUCUUAGGAAAACAGAACCUUAAGAUUUGUGCAUGGAAACUGAGAUGUUAAUCAACUAGCUUAAUUAAGCCUUGGUUCUUACAUAAUUUGAAUGUGAAAGGGCACCCCAUGUAACUCUUUUUUCCCCUCCUUCCUCACCUCACUUCUGGAAGAGAGCUCAGUGCCCGUGCUGACAGUGUUGUCUUCCCCAAGUGGGAGGAGUAGGGCAUCUUGCCAUUUUCUAAUAUUUCAAGGAGCUUUUGUGCAAAUGUUGAAUGCAAAACUUCACACUAAUAUGGAACAUUAACUGUGAAUAUAUUUACUUGUGCUAUCCCCAGUACCACACAACUAAAGGUCCAGCUUUUCCAACUCUAGGAAAACAGUGCUAGAUACAAGUAGAACUGCAUUUCCCUUAGGAAAUGAAGCCACGGGAAUUUGGGCUUAGCAGGGACCAUGAACUUCUGUCCUCAAAUUACCUCAGGUUGAGGAGCAGACCUAAGUAGGCCCUGGCCAAUUGAACCUGUGUCCUGGCUGGUCAAAAACAAAAACAAAACCCAACCCUGUCAUCUUCUGAAAAACCAGCCAGGGAUCUGACCAUCUUUGCCUUGCCUGGGCCAGGAGAGCAGGACUCCUCCAGUGUUCCCCAGGGCCCGGCCUCACCUGGGCUGGCACGGGAAGGUGCUCACCUUGUUCCCUGGGAUUCUAAGCAGGGGGCCACCAGGGAGGGUUGGCUUGUGCAUGUCACAUGACACAAGCUCCUUGCUCGCAGGAGAGCAGGAACUGUUCCCCUCUCAGCUUUGAUCCCGGAGACGGUUUUCUUGGCGGAGCGUUGAAGACCACGAGGCUGAGCUGGCAGUUCAGGGAGCGGAGGCUUCUGAGGCUCUUGUCCUGGGUCGGGUGUGAUUCUAUUCCAGCCGCUGGACUAGUGGUGCUUCUGUCCAGCAAGGGCAUCUUGGUGGGUUGCAGGUUAGCCCAGAAUUAGGAGGGAUUUAGAGAGUUCAAUAUGGAAGUGAUCUGGGGAUUCAGAAACUUUUCCCAUGUAAAUGGAUCAGUGAGCAACCUACUCAGUGGAUUUUUAUACCUCAGGGCCAUUUGCAAAUCUUUAUCUUUCCACGUUUCUUUUGUAUUUGCGUGGGCUGAUAGGAGAGAUGAGUUCGGAGGGUUCUAGGAUGAUGUUUGUUCAUUUGCCUCGGUUUGCGGAUGUGCGGGGCACCCGCACCAACCUUGCUCAAGGCUGUGGCAGUGGGCCUUCCUCCUCCGGCACGUGCGGGCACCCUUCCUGCAGGGAGUGCUUACAUGCUGCUUUUCCUUCUGCCCUGCCUGAAGAUGCCAGAGCCCCUGGUCAGCCCUAAGAACAGGAGGAAGAUGGCAGUUCACAGCAGCUGCAGAGCUUGGAGCAGCUUUCCUCCCACUGUCUUGGGCUGGGGACCUUCUUUGCUCUUCAGACCUUUGCCAAGGUUAUCUCGGCUCAAGUAAGCUUUCUCACUGUAUAGGUUAGAGCCACUGAGGUCAUCUCAGAAGAAUUGUUUUAAGUAUCAGGCUGUACUUGAAGCAACAUGGAAACAAAGGUUCUAAAUGGCAAGAGAGUAAAGUUCUAGGAGUUUGUGUGCCGAGGUUUAUGUGUGCACAGAUCCAACACAUACUAUAAGACUUCAGUGAGUACUCAUUUUCAAGUCUCCAUACCCACUGGGUAUUAAACAUAAACGAAUUGGAAGAAUGACUGGGAGUAUUGUUUUGCCUCACUUGGCAGGGUAUCUUCCAGCAUUUGCCCACAUCUGACCAACAUGGAUUCACUCGAGAAGUGAUUUCUUUUGGGGCCAGCUUCCUCUUCAGACUCACCCUGGAGAGAACUAUCAAAUGGACCUGGUGGGCCUUGAGUGCCUGCCCUUUUUGUUGGAGGCCCAGGCCCCUUGGAUAUAAACAGCUGGUUUCAGGCUCCCAGAGCAGAAGGGAGAGGGAGAAAAGUAAGGCCUCAGGACUCCUGUUCCCCAGAGAGCCCCAGCCUUGCUCCUGAUUCAUUACUCCCCGUGUCUAAAGUCUACUGUGAAGGUGGAGUGUGUCAGUCCGUUGACUUUUCUUGUUUCUGGAGUCCUUUUAAGUCCACAAAUGUAUAUGCUUUAUUUUAUAUUAUUAUUUAUUAUGUACAUAUGCCUCUACUGUUAGUACAUCGUCUGUGACUAAGAUGAGAUCUGUUCUGGAGCCCCUCAUCCAUGGAGCCUAGGGUUCUGUUGUCUUUUAAAGUGGGUGAGAAGGAGCGGUUUUGCUUUUGUCUUGAACAGGUUGCUGCUCUUACGUUGGUCCUAGUGUCCCGGCCCCUGUUAUUGGGCCCACCUCUAUUCCUGAUGGCAGGUGUUUGAGAUGAGGAUGGAGGCAGGUCUUUACUUCAUGGCAGGGCCUCUCAAGUACCUCCGUGAAAUACUUUAGAGGUGGUUUCCUGGUGACUGGGUCUAUUCUCUGGGUAAUGGUACAGCGUGGCUGUGAGGCCACAGCCUCCUUCCUCACUCCCACACUCCCAAGCCAGGUUGGUGGCCUGGUCCCACAACAGUGAUGGUCUCUAAUUCCCACCUUGGAUUGCAGAAUCCAUCUCUCUGGACCAUGGAAGCUGCCUGCCCACCUGGGCUUCUAAUAUGCCUUUUCUUGGUUUUGAGGCCCAAUGCCAACACUGCCUUGGCGCCUCAAAUAAGACCCUGCUUUGAGUCUGAUUUCCAUCCUCCUUAGCCUUUACUCACUGUAUCAUAGUGUACAUUUCAUGCUUUGUAGCAGUGAAGUUUUUGAACACAGUAUCCAGAGCUGUGUAUAUAAACCUAAAUAAGCACAAAUGACAUGUAUAGGUUUCGUGAGCUGAUUGUCAUAAUGAAUGCAUUUUAUAAUUCAAAUGAUGUUGUAGAUUUACAAUCUCUCCUAUUUAUUUUGUAUCAAUUUAUUUGUAAAUUUUGUGAUUGUUUUAAAAGGUUUUUGUUCAUUUCUAUUAUUCUGUUUAGAUAAAUGAUUUCUGUUCACCCUUCUAGCGAAUGUGUGUUCCCUCUUUCCCCUGUCACCUGUGCAACACUGACCUCGGUCCCCUGCCUGGUGGGAAAGCUGGGAUUGGUGGUCGUCAUGGCAACACAGCAGAGCGUUCCCUUUGGACGUACACCACCAAGUCGUAUGUUAAAAGGGAAGCGGGUGCUAGAACUGAGCCUGCGACUUCCAGCCUGGUACAGCCAGUGCCAGGGGUGUGUUCUCUUUUUCGAGGAUUGUAAUCUGUCCCCCAUCAGUUCAUUUUAGAUAAAGAUACUGGGGCUAUCCACUCAAACUGCCCCAGACAUUUGCCACUCAGUCACUAAUAACACACACUUCAGCUGGCAAAUCUCUAAGCUGUUUUUUCCUAGGCAAGACCAGAGGCCUCACUCAAGCCUCUCAAUUGGCUCUUAAAGAUGAAAAUGGCUCUGCAGAUCCUUCUCUGCGAUGGGAAGCCUAGGAGAAUGGUUGCAGCAGGCACAGAUGGUCCACCCUCAAGUUAAAAACACUGGGCAUUGAGUGUGGUGAGUCAUGGUCAGAUGCUCUUCAGGAUUCAGUGGGCCUCCUGCGUUCCCUAAUAAGCCACAUCCUCUUCCAUUGUCCCUUCUAUUCCUUCUACCCUCCUCACUCAUGUGACCAGACUCUGAAGAUCUUCCGGUCGAGGUUCAUGGCCCCUCUGUGAUCUAUUCCUAGACCACAUUCUUUUGGAGUCCUUCUUCCCUCCACUCUUAGUCUCUGUUUUACAUUCUUCUGAGAAUUGAGCCUCUUGAUGACUGGUCCCUUGUUUUUCCUACCAUAUUGUUUUAACCAUGAUGUUCUCGGUCUGUUUUACUUACACUAGUCCUGUGGAUGGAGACAUUUCAGUGAAGAACUGCUGACAAGACGGGCCGAGACACUUCCUGACCUAACCAGUGCUCCCACCUCCCCAAUCAUCACCCCCAAUUUCUCGAAAGUGGAACAAGGUAGAUUACAUUCCAGUGAAGUAUUAUCUUCUUGGGAGCCUGUUAGAAGCAGAGCAGAAAGCAGCAAGCAGUGCCGGGAAAGGAAUUCUCUCUCUAGCAUGUCUCCUCCCAGUUGGCUGCUGUGCUUAUUAGUUUUUCCUGCUUUACUCACUUUGUCUAGAUGAGUCCUGAGCUCAAAUCAGGAAACUCUCCAAGGGAAAUAAAGGUGGUUUUUCCUAUUGUGAAGAUGGGAUUUGCCUAAGCCUUCCCUCUGCAUCCAUGGGGUUGCCCACAUGUCAGUUCACUUCUCAGCUGUAUCAUGAUAAAGGCUCUGGGGUUUCUAUUGCGUCUAACAGAUUAUGCUCCCCAGCACCUCUUCUCGACUCAGCACUUCUGAGGACACAGAUAAUGAUCAGAUGGUCUUGUAGAGAAAAUGACUGGUACAAACUGAACGACCUUUUUGUAGCCUGGAGCUGAUUUCUGAAAGCACACUUUUUGAAGGUAAUUCAGUUUAAUAGAGAGAUGAUUUCUUAUUAAAGCCAAAAGGCUGAAUUACAUGAGAUGGCUAAUAAACGUUUGGCUUCUUUGUAUGAUUGUUUGAUCUUUUUCCCUGAGGUCCUCAUAUCUCUGCUCUUUCAAAAAGCCCCAGAACAAAGCAAUGGUUAUAGUGCCUCUCUGUGACAUUCUGGUGGCAUGCCAUCUCCCCUGGUAGAUGAUUGUGAGGUCUAAGGACGCAAGGGGGAAUCGGUUACAGGAAUUCUUUGUCAGAGUGCUUUUCCUGCUAGGGUAGGAGUGAUUGUGAAGCACUCAAACAGUAGGCCAACACAUGGCAGGAAUUUUAGAUGAAGCCAGCUUCCUUGCCACAAUUCUGCUACAUCAUUGACUUGAGGGCAGUGGGUCCAAAAAUGAAGUUACUUGCUUCAAAAUAUGUGUACCGACAAGUUAAAGAUUACCUUUGGUACAAACCCUCUCUCAAAGACUGGACAUUUAAUAAACAUUUUUCAGUGGUGGGAAGGUUUGCGUGACAAGUCCUCUUGCCAAGUAUCUCAGGAACUUGUGAGACUUGGAAGGACUAUUGCUGUCUUUCAUGUGAAGACUGUGCGUGCACUCAGCUGCUUGGGCUCCAGUGUGUAUGAUGAGGUUUAUCUUGGCCUAGACUCUCCAGGCCUCAUCUAUAGCCCUGGCCAGACAUGGCUUUGGGAAGAGCACAAUGGGAGAGGCAGCGCAUUUGGGUGAAUAUUUGUACCUAAUUUGAUUCAUGAACCAAUCUGUCUAACCCAUUUCUUUUCUAGUAAUAAAAUGGAGCAAAGGUAUCUUAUAGGAAGGAACAUAAAGGGACCAGACCAAAAACUUCUGUCAUUUUAAAUUAGAAAAUAGCUUACUUACACUUGCAGUAAGAGUCGACAAGCUUGAGAUGAGGUGUUGCGUGUUCAAUCGGGAGUACUUUUUUCUGUUAAAGCUCUUUAGAGAGACUUAAACUAUUGUUUAUAUUUUAUUGCAUACCUUUGUGGGAACAAGUCAGAUAGUUGUGGACUUGGGAUGAAGACAUCGUGUCUGAGGCCAGGGGAGAAAUGGUUGAGAUUGUCGGGUUAAACAGAAAAGCUGCCUUGUUCAUUCUGUAAACCAAUGCAUUCUCUCCGUAGAUGACUUGCUUUCUGCUAUUCCUACGUGCUCAGCUGUGAGAACAGCGUGCAGUGCCCCAUCUCCGUUCGUGGAGGUGUGAGAUGGGACGACGUGGAUUCCUGGAAGUCACCGGCUCUGCGUCCCGGCUGCUGUGCACGUGCACGUCCUCCCUGCUCUCUGGUGGCUGUGCACCGGUCCUUUUUUUCAAGGCUGUUCAGGUAGCUCCAUGGUCUAGAUUUCAUUCUCAGGGCCUCCCAAAGCUGUGUAUCAUUUGAAAUUGUUCCAUUUGAGGAAAAACUUUAAGAAUAGCUCUAUGCUCUAGUCACCAAGAAAGAAUGUCAUGAGAAACCUAAGUAUUGAGACGUAAACUGCUGAACUGAGGAUCUGGGAUUAAGUGUAUGGCAAUAGCUAGAUCAUAGUUACCAUUUUUCCCACCAUCAAAGAAAGGUUAAAUAGUUUCCAUAACAUGGAAUGUGGACAAGGCUCCUACUCUUAAUGCAGACUUAGAUAUGCAGUUGUUUGUCUCAGGCUAUUUGUGGUGAAUAAGCAGAGUAUUUUUAAAUGCUCUGGCAGCCUUGGAAAAACUGCAGGGCUUUAAAGUUGCUGACAAAAUAUUUCUUAAAUAAAUAAAUCUGAUUUAGGAAUAUCUAAACAUGGACAAAGUACUUUUAAAUCUGACAUGUCACUGCAAGUGGCUUUUUAAAGUGGUUGCUUAAAAACAAUACUAACAUGUCUAAAGGAUUUGCAGCUCUCAGUUUUUCUGUUAAGACCCACUUUUCCUAAAAGCAUCUUAGAAGGGGUAUGUUGAAGGGCUUGUUUUCUUAUUUUAGGUCUCAGCAGAGCUUACGGUAGGAAAUUUAAGGCUUUCAGUAACUUUUCUAAAAUACACCAUCUGAGCUUUACCUGACCAUCUCUGUAGAGAGGAAUGCACAGGACAAGGCCUCUUGCAGACGCUGGGCUGUGGUCUGCUGUGCCUCUGACCGCUGCUGGAUAUACUAGGGUGCCAGGGGGCCUCACAAAGUCUGAAACUAAGCGGUGUUUUCCAAAUACCCAGGAAGGAAGUUCUGAAAAGAGUUGGGAGAGCUUCCUCUCAGUCUAAACACCUUAGGGUUUUUUUUUUACACGGAAAAUUAUAACUUUAUGUUUCGCUUCCUUAAUUAUUAGCAACAGAGAGAAACUCAUAUUCAUGUUUUAACAAGUCCAGUUACAGCUGCUCUGAGUCCCUGCCCAAGGACCACUUACUUCCCAGCACUCUUCUAACAGGAGUAAUAUGCAGAGAAGCAAAGGCUCUGCUCUGCGCCUUAGACUCCUAUGGAAUCUUAGCUCUUUAAAGUAUAUUUUGGCGGUCCUAAAGAAAGCUGUAACCAGUAGUGGAAUUCUUAUUCCAGGUGUGUGCUUUUCAUUUCUCAGUCUUUGGACCCACUACCAGAGACUCGUCUAGUUGAAAAGAAACUCUUAGAUAAGAUCUUAUGUGAAUAAAACAAAACAAAAGGGGUGGUAAAUUAAAGCAACGUGAUCAUGUUGGGCCUUGCUCUAACAGGGGAGAUAUUUAAAGGUACUAUUAAAUUAGCCAUGUAGUUGUAAUAAGUCACUCAGAUAUUAUUUGGCUCUGGGAACACUGAAGACAGUGUCAAACUGGGCAGCAUCUCCAUCUUGAAUGAGAAUAAUUAAUAGCUGGGGUGAUCACAAACAUAUUUGCUAAAAUUUAAAACAGGAGCAAUAUCUAAUUGCUAUAACAAUUUCUUUUUUUUUCUUUUCUAUUUAUAUACUUUGCCCAUUUUAUUUAUUUAUUCAUUUUGGCUGCGUUGGGUCUUUGUUGCUGCACGCGGGCUUUC